AACCACGAGUUAUCGGAAUAUUGGAUUGGGAACUUUCAACUAUAGGUCAUCCACUUUCUGAUCUUGCAAACCUGUUGAUGAAUUUUUUUGUUAGGGAUAUUCCCGAUAUUCCUUCUCCCUUAGUUGGUUUACGUGAUGUUAAAAGUUUACCAAUUCCAUCUGCUAAUGAAUUAAUUCAAGUUUAUUGCGAAAAAUCUGGUCGACAGUAUCCAAUACUGAAUUUUGAAUUUGCUAUCGUGUUUUCAUUUUUCCGGACCGCAGUUAUUUUACAGGGAAUUGCCGCGCGUAAAGCUCGUAAACAAGCCAGUUCUGCUAAAGCAAAUAUAUAUGCUAAAAUUUUUAGGGAUAUUAACUUAAUGGGUCUUGAAAUUAUUGAUCGCUAUAACGAGUCUACUAUUAAAAGCAAAUUAUAA